AUGCUCAGACUAAAAGCAAAAUCUGACGGUCAUUGUGUAGCUCGUGUACCUUUGAUUGAAGGCUUUAAAUUUCCAAAUGAAAGAAUUGUGAAUAUUAGUGUCAGUUAUCAUGCUUGUGUUUUGGUGCUUCAAUCUGUUAGUGGUGGUGGUGCUGGAAGUACUGGUGGGAUGAAUUUAAUUAGAACGAGAGUGUUUGUUUGUUAUUCAGCGAAUAGGAAUGAGUUUGGAGUGAGGAAAACAAAAUUUACAGAAAGAGUUGAGACUUUUUCACAGAGUGGAAUUGAGAAUUCAGAAAUUGAAUGGACUUGCUUGGAGGAUUUUCAAUUACAAGAUGGGGAAUUUAUUACAAAGACUUCAUGUGCUGCAUUUACUUGUUGUUUUCUGACAUCACAUGGAAGGCUUUUGGCAUGUGGAAGUAAUCAAUUUUUUGAGAUAGCUCAACCAUCUAGUGAUAAUAAUAUUCCAGCUAUCCAAUGUUGUUGUCUUGACCCUUCCAAUGAGUGCAAAGAACCUUUCUUUACCAAGACAGUGAAUGGAGAUCACAAUAUUAUUGCCUUAACAAGGGAUCACAAUAUUUUCUAUUGUGGAUAUUCUAUGGGAAAUAAUGGUAAUAAUUUGCCAAUGAUGAAACAAUUGGCACCAAUAAGUUUAAUGGGAGAAGAUGAAUACUUUAUAGACAUUUGUGCAUCCUAUUACAGUUGGAUUUAUCUCACAAACAAAUUCAAUUUAUAUUUGGUUGAUAAGUUUCAUAGCAACCUUGCUAAAAUAUGUGGUGAACCUGUUAUUUCCUGUAGAAUGUGUAGCUCAAACAAAACCUUUUUCCUAGUGAUCAAUAAUUCACAAAUUUACUCCUUAGAUUCUCAAUCAAAAUUCAAACUCAUUCACAAAGUUACCAAUCCAAAACCAAAUCAACAUCUUCAAAUAACUUCAGCAAGAGACAAUUUAAUUGCUUAUUGGGAAACAAAUUCAGAAUCAAAGAAUCUGAAGGAACAAGGAGAAAAUCUUAAGAAUAGAGUAAUUGAUGGCAAUCUUUCGGAUAUUAUAAUUUUUCAAUGA